GUGUGUGUGUGUGUGUGUGUGUGUGUGUGUGUGUGAUAGACGUUGCAUGUCUCCUCUUUAAGAGGGAAUUUCCCCCGAGUCCGACAUCAGUCUCACUUGGACAGCAGGACAUACGGACGUGUUCUCUCUCUUCCACCAGGAAACUCUGAGUCAUGGCUCGUUUGGACCAGGUCAUCACAAACAUUGUGGAUAUAUUCCUUGAUUACGCUGACGAUGAGGGAAAGAAAAAGACGUUGAACAAAGAAGAGCUGAAGAAGGUGUUGGAGAAAGAAAUACAAACUCCUGAGUUAAAAGAUCAAAUCAAAGCAGAGGACAUUGAGGAAGCCAUGAACAUGCUGGAUAAAAACCACGAUGGGGAGAUAAACUUCCGAGAGUUUUGUCGCUGUGUGAGUGACCUGGCCAAAUGCUACUACCAGAAAAAGACAGGCAAGGGUGGCAAGAAAGGCAAAGGGAAAGAACGAGAAGGUGAACAAGAAGACUAAAGGACCAACCCUAAAAAAUGUUUGCAGCAUCAUAAGAUAUUUAGAAAUAUUUGAUACAUAUGACAAUUGCGUCUGUCAUGUGGGACAGAGACACUGGACCCAGAUGUUGAGAUAUCAGGCCCUUUGCACAUCCAUCAUUCAAAUCAAACUUGGUAUUUAUGUUUUGAAAGUAGAUCUGAGUUGUGAUACUUGCUACCUUUUAAAACCUCUGUCAGCAUGUUUUCAAAGAACUUUCUAUUCCAUGCUUUGCUGACAAUAAAUAAAAACAAUGAAGUUUGACUUGUU